AACAAAAGUAUUCAAAGGAUGACCAAGUGAUUCUCUAGAAACAUCAACUGUGUCUGUGAAAAGUGAAUUUCGUGAGAUUAUUUGCAAAAAUAACUUUUGGGUGUAGUUGCAAAUUUUUCACCUAGUUUUGAUUACAAAUUUACAAACUUUUUUAUCAUUAAUAUUAUUAUUAUUAUUUUAGUGAAAAGAUUUUUACUAAAUGAGCUAGUUAAGGCAAAUUCAUCUUUAUAUAAAUUUAUAUUACAGAUAUAAAAUAUAUAGAGUGACAAAACUCGAACGAAGAAGAAGAAAAAAAGACAACAUUUUGUCCUUGUGAACUUAUUUUUCACUUAAUCUGUUUAUCUAACUCGUACAAAAAAAACGGACUUCUGAAAGAUGGCAGAUGACGAAGUGUUAUUUGACGACGUUUAUGAAUUAUGCGAAGUGAUCGGAAAAGGACCAUUUUCAAUUGUCCGAAGAUGUAUUCAUCGCGAAUCAAAUCAAGCAUUUGCUGUUAAAAUUGUUGAUGUAGCACGGUUUACGGCAACACCAGGCUUAAGUACAGCAGAUCUUAAACGAGAAGCAACAAUAUGUCAUAUGUUAAAACACCCACAUAUUGUAGAAUUACUGGAGACAUACAGCUCAGAGGGCAUGUUGUAUAUGGUGUUUGAAUAUAUGGAAGGUUCUGAUAUAUGUUUUGAAGUAGUGAGGAGAGCUGUUGGAGGCUUUGUGUAUAGCGAAGCAGUUGCAUGCCACUAUAUGCGACAAAUUCUAGAAGCAUUGCGUUAUUGUCACGAAAAUGAUAUAAUUCAUCGAGAUAUUCGACCAGCAUGUGCUUUACUAGCGACGGCGGACAACUCGGCACCAGUCAAAUUAGGGGGCUUUGGUGCAGCCGUUCAACUACCUAAUGGUCGCGACUCGGUGGAAACGUAUGGCCGCGUCGGUUGUCCUCAUUACAUGGCACCAGAGGUCGUGAAAAAUCGCAUUUAUGGAAAAGCAUGUGACGUAUGGGGUGCUGGAGUAAUGCUUCAUGUUUUACUAAGUGGAAGACUGCCAUUUGUCGGUUCCGGGAAAAGAUUAACAGAUUCUAUUGCUCGUGGCCGUGUUGCGUUGGACUCGCCGGAGUGGAAAAUUAUUUCGUCGUCUGCCAAAGAUUUAGUCUUAAAAAUGCUUGCACCUAAUCCACAUCAUCGGCCUAAGAUUUCAGCAAUACUUGAGCAUCCGUGGAUGAGAGAUCGCGAUAAACUACAAAAAAUUCAUUUAGCAGACGCGGUGGAGGGCUUGAAGCGAUAUAAUGCUAGACGCAAACUCAAAGGAGCCGUUCAAGCAUUAGCUGGUGCUGUGUCUCUUGAUUGUUUGGACUCUGAAAAAACUAUUUUUUUUGUUUCAGUAAACGUGAAUUCCGACGAAUGGUUAGAUGAAGAAGUGGGAACGGAAGCUGUUCAAAAAAUUCUUGACUCUUUAGAUGACAUAGUUGCCCUACAGGAUCCAUGCGUUGACAUAAACGUUCUUAUGAGCAUGUUAACUGAUAGUCGACUACACUCUUUACUACAGCUCUUUGAUAAAGUCAGUUGCAAUGUUGUCUCGCCAUCACGAGCUCCUCCCCCAGACGCUAUUAAUCGAUGCAGAGAUGCAAUCGAUGCAAUUUCCUCAGUUUCAGGACAUCGAUAUGCACGGGAUAGGAUUGAGCUGGUCAAUAUUUUAGCAACUCCACACAUGCAGGCUUUACUACACACACACGAUGUAGUUGCACGUGACGUGUAUGGUGAAGAAGCACUUCGAGUCACACCACCUCCACUAACACCAUUCAAUGGAGACGAUAUUGAUAAUGUUGAUAAUGGGGAUAUUCAACAUGUAACUCGUGUUCGAUUGGUACAAUUUCAGAAGAAUACAGACGAACCAAUGGGAAUAACAUUAAAAAUGACUGAAGAUGGUCGAUGCAUAGUGGCACGAAUAAUGCAUGGUGGUAUGAUACAUCGACAAGCGACCCUGCAUGUUGGAGAUGAAAUUCGAGAAAUUAACGGACAGCCUGUACAAAAUCAAUCUGUUGGACAGCUUCAAAAGUUAUUGCGUGAUGCCCGUGGCUCAGUUACCUUUAAAAUAGUUCCUUCUUACAGAAGUGCUCCGCCGCCUUGCGAGCUAUUCCGGAUUAGACCAGCGCCAGUGUUAAUUUUUGUAAGAGCCCAGUUUGAUUAUGAUCCACUAGAAGAUGAUUUGAUACCAUGUGCUCAAGCGGGAAUCGCAUUCCAUGUUGGUGAUAUUUUACAAAUAAUUAAUAAAGACGAUCCUCAUUGGUGGCAGGCACGUCAUGAUACUGCAGGUGGAUCAGCGGGUCUGAUUCCAUCUCCUGAGCUUCAAGAAUGGCGCAUUGCAUGCCAAUCUGCUGAAAAAUCGAACCCAGAACAAGCAUCAGAAUCAGGUCAAGGUUGUGCAUCACAUGCAGAAGGAUGUAAUGGAGCAACAGUUAAUUGUUCAAUAUUUAGUCGUAAAAAGAAACAAUGUCGCGACAAGUACUUGGCGAAACAUAAUGCUGUGUUUGACCAACUUGAUUUAGUCACAUAUGAAGAGGUUGUGAAAGUUCCACUUGGUGAUCCAGCAUUUCUUCGAAAAACUUUAGUCUUAUUGGGCGCUCAUGGUGUUGGAAGGCGUCAUAUCAAAAACACACUGAUUGCAAAAUAUCCAGAUAAAUAUGCUUAUCCGAUUCCACAUACAACAAGACCAGCCAGAGCAGACGAAGAAAACGGCAGAAAUUAUUAUUUUGUUUCGCAUGACGAAAUGAUGCAAGAUAUUGCAGCGAAUGAAUAUUUAGAAUAUGGUACUCAUGAAGAUGCUAUGUAUGGAACAAAAUUAGAAACGAUUCGCAGAAUUCACGCUGAUGGUAAAAUGGCAAUACUUGAUGUUGAACCACAAGCCUUAAAAAUUCUGAGAUCUGCAGAGUUUACACCAUAUGUUGUCUUUAUUGCCGCACCGAAUAUACAAAAUAUUGCUGAUUAUGACGGAAGCUUAGAACGUCUAGCAAAGGAAUCUGACAUGCUUCGUCAUGCCUACGGUCAUUUCUUUGAUUUGACAAUCGUGAAUAAUGAUAUUGGUGAGACGAUAGCAACACUUGAAAAUGCAAUAGAUAAAGUGCAUUCAACACCACAAUGGGUUCCUGUUUCUUGGUUAUACUGACAAGAUAGUGAGCUAGAGUGUGUAGAAUGCUUAGAAGGAUGCGAUUGUUGCGAAUGCGAAGGACUAAUACAUGAAAUAUCGAUUAAAUAGGUCACAUGUUAGUAGGAAACGUGAGCUACUAGUUAUUUUUUAUUUAUAAUUAUAUGAAGUAUACAUAAAAUACCUAAUAAAAUAAAAUAUGUUUUUCAAAACUCAAAAGUAGGAAAGUUUAAGAACAAAAUAUUAAUAAAAUCUAUUAUAACUUACUAAACUUUUUGUUACAUUAAAU